AUGGCCAGAAUCGCCCAACUGGCAACGGCUCUAGCUCUGGCCGUCGCGGGCACGACAGCCACGGGCGACGUCUCCGUUUUGACAAGCGAGAUCGGCCGUCAGAAUAACCAGAGCUUGUUCUGGGGCCCGUACAAGCCGAACCUGUAUUUUGGGCUGAGGCCCAGAGUCCCGCAGAGUUUGUGGACGGGAUUGAUGUGGGGGCGAAUCGAUGGGUACAACGACGUCAAAGAUGGACUACGGUAUACCUGCGAGCAAGGCCAAGACAUCCACGGAUAUGGCUGGGACGAAUACGACGCACGAACCGGCGGCGUGCAGAGGAUCCAUGAUCAGGGCAACAAGAUUGACAUGACGACGUCGUUUGUCAAGAUUCCCGGCGGGUUUCACGGUGGCAGCUGGGCCGCGCGGAUCAAGGGCGAGCUGCAUCGAGACGCGCCGCCGUCGAGCAAGACUGUUGUCUAUUACUACAUGGCGCAAGAAGGCCAAGGCGCGCUCGAAGCUCAGAGCGAGGGGAGCGAGGUCGGGUUCGAGGGCGACGUUUCUUUCGCCGGCAGCUCGGCAACUCUUGGAGAGUACAAGAUUGUCUUCACCGAGGGGAAAGGCGGGCACCCUACCAGCAGCCACAAAAUCAGCAGCUCGAGGCCGGGCCACGUUACCCUGGUCAACAGCGCCAACGUCAGCGACGAAAUCAUCUGGCAGGCGCCGCAGUUGCUGUUCCAGCAGCUACAGGCCGCUACUGUUGCUGUGAAGGAGAGCCUCGGGCGGGACGAUCCGCCGCCGGCUUGGCAGGUGUACCGCGUACCGCACAAGCCCGGCGUGGGAAACUCGCAGAUUGUGCAGAGAACGUACGAGGGCUCGUUUGAGUUUGACGUCAUCUUUUCCUCCGGGUCUGCCGGCAAGGAACUGACGUCGGACGACGUCUCCAGAGCCAUCGAGGCAAACUCCAAGUCGUUUGCGGAACGGUUCUCGAGCAUUUUCGACCUCAAGGCUCCGUUUCAGGACGAGGACCAUCAGCGGUUUGGGAAAAGCAUGUUUUCCAACCUGCUCGGGGGCGUGGGUUACUUUUACGGCGAGCAGAUGGUUGACCGGUCCUAUGCGCCAGAGUACGAGGAGGAGGAUGAAUCGUUUUGGCACGAGGCUGCGGCGGCCCGAGAGCGUGGGCUGCAGAAGCUCGAGGGACCAUACGAGCUCUUCACGAGCGUGCCGUCUCGGCCAUUCUUCCCCCGGGGAUUCCUCUGGGACGAGGGCUUUCAUCUCGCCCCGAUUGCGGACUGGGACAUGGACCUCACCCUCGACGUCAUCAAGAGCUGGUACAGGACCAUGGACGAGGACGGCUGGAUCCCGCGGGAGCAGAUUCUGGGCGAUGAAGCUCGCACCAAGGUGCCGGAGGAGUUCCGGGUCCAGUACCCGCACUACGCCAACCCUCCCACGCUGUUCCUGGUGAUUGAGGACUUUAUGGAGCGUCUCCGCAAAGCAAACGGCACGCAGGCCCCGGCCCGGGAGCAGAUGCCACCCCGCGGCAGCGGCAACUCGCCGCGCACGGCGCACCUGGACAACCCGGAGCUCGGGGAGGACUUUCUCCGCAAGAUGUACCCUCUGUUGCGGCGGCAGUACGACUGGUUCCGCAAGACGCAGCGCGGCGACAUCAAGGGCUACGGCCGGCAGGCGCACUCGAGCAAGGAGGGCUAUCGAUGGCGAGGGAGGACUGAGACGCACAUCCUGACCAGCGGCCUGGACGACUACCCGCGCCCGCAGCCCCCCCACCCGGGCGAGCUCCAUGUCGACCUCAUGUCAUGGGUCGGGCUGAUGACCAAGUCGCUGAGGAACAUUGCGGAUGCGCUUGGGCUGGAGGAAGAGGCGGGAGAGCUUGGCGGAAACCUGGAGGCGAUUGAGCGCAACCUCGACGACCUCCACUGGUCGGCGGAGGAGGGGUGCUACUGCGACGCCACGAUUGACGCGUUUGAGGAGCACCAGCUGGUCUGCCACAAGGGAUACGUGUCGCUGUUCCCGUUCCUGGUCGGCCUGAUGAGGCCAGACGACGCCAAGGUGGGCCGGAUACUGGACGUCAUGGGCGACGAGGAGCAGCUCUGGAGCGCGCACGGCAUCCGAAGCCUGAGCAGGGGGGACGAGCUGUACGGCACGGGCGAGAACUACUGGCGGGGGCCUGUGUGGAUGCCCAUGAACUACAUGGCAGCGAGGCAGCUGCAGACGCUGGCCAAGCAGGAGGGACCGUUUCGGCGCCGGGCGGCGGACCUGUACACGAGACUGCGGAAGAACCUGGUGGAGACGGUCUACAAGAGCUGGAAGGAGACGGGAUUCGCGUGGGAGCAGUACGAUCCGGAGACGGGGGCUGGGCAGCGGACGCAGCACUUUACGGGGUGGACGAGCCUGGUGGUGAAGCUGAUGGCCAUGGAGGACCUGGGCGACGCAAGAGGCGAGGAGGCGUGA